AUCUCAUCUGGCCGCCGCGUUCUGGAAGAGGCGAGGGGGAGAGCGCGCGCAAGAGGAGGAGGAGGAGGAGAGAGACGGCGCGGGGAAGGGGAGACGGCGAGACGCGCAGCGCCGGCGCCCGGGAGAUCCAGGAGGAACCCGCAGAUAACCAGCCCGAGUCAUGCAGUCUUUUCGAGAAAGGUGUGGUUUCCAUGGCAAACAACAGAACUACCAGCAGACCUCACAGGAGACAUCUCGCCUGGAGAAUUACAGACAGCCGAGCCAGGCCGGGCUGAGCUGUGACCGGCAGCGGCUGCUGGCCAAGGACUAUUAUAACCCGCAGCCGUACCCGGGCUACGAGGGCGGCGCAGGCUCGGCCGCCGCCGCGGCCACCGUGCGGGGCAGCAAGGGGCUCCCCUCCCAGCAGUCCCUGCAGGGCAGGCCGGCCUUCUCGGGCUACAGCGUGCAGGACAGCAGCCCGUACCCCGGCCGCUACUCGGGUGAGGAGAGCCUGCAGGCUUGGGGGGCCCCCCAGCCGCCGCCCCCCCAGCCGCAGCCCCUGCCAGGGGGGGUGGGCAAAUAUGAGGACAACUUGAUGAAAAAGGCCGCGGUGCCCCCCGGCAGGCAGUACCCAGAGCAGGGCGCCCAGCUGCCCUUUCGGACUCACUCCCUGCACGUCCAGCAGCAGCUGCCACAGCCCCAGCAGCCCCUGGCGUACCCCAAACUCCAAAGGCAGAAGCUGCAGAACGACAUGGCCUCACCUCUGCCCUUCCCCCAGGGCGGCCACUUCCCCCAGCACACGCAGUCCUUUCCCGCCUCCUCCACCUACUCCUCCCCGGGCCAGGGCGGCGGUGGGCAGGGCGCCCACUCCUACAAGAGCUGCACCGCACCGUCCGCCCAGCCCCACGACAGGCCGCUGACCGCCACCGCCAGCCUGGCCCCGGGGCAGCGGGUCCAGAACCUUCACGCCUACCAGUCCGGCCGCCUCAGCUACGACCAACAGAAGCAGCAGCAGCAGCAGCAGCAGCAGCAGCAGCAGCAGCAGCAGGCCCUUCAGAGCCGGCACCACGCCCAGGAAACCCUCCACUACCAAAACCUCGCCAAGUACCAACACUAUGGGCAGCAAGGCCCUGGCUACUGCCAGCCGGACGCGGCCGUCAGGACUCCGGAGCAGUACUAUCAGACCUUCAGCCCCAGCUCCAGCCACUCGCCCGCACGCUCCGUGGGCCGCUCCCCCUCCUACAGCUCCACCCCGUCGCCCCUGAUGCCCAACCUGGAGAACUUCCCCUACAACCAGCAGGCGCUCGGCACCGGGGCCUUCCCCGCCGGCAUCGCCGACCACAGCCACUUCAUGCCCCUGCUCAACCCCUCCCCGACCGACGCCGCCGGCUCGGUAGACAGCCAGGCUGGCAACUGCAAGCCGCUGCAGAAGGACAAGCUGCCUGAGAACUUGCUGUCGGAUCUCAGCCUGCAGAGCCUCACGGCCCUGACCUCGCAGGUGGAGAACAUCUCCAACACGGUCCAGCAGCUGCUGCUCUCCAAGGCGGCCGUGCCGCAGAAGAAGGGCGUCAAGAACCUGGUGCCCAGGACCCCGGAACAGCACAAAAGCCAGCACUGCAGCCCCGAGGGCAGCGGCUACUCGGCCGAGCCGGCGGGCACGCCGCUGUCCGAGCCGCUGAGCAGCACGCCGCAGUCCACGCACGCCGAGCCGCCCGAGGCCGACUACCUGAGCGGCUCUGAGGAUCCGCUGGAGCGCAGCUUCCUCUACUGCAGCCAGGCCCGGGGCAGCCCCGCCAGGGUCAACAGCAACUCGAAGGCCAAGCCCGAGUCCGUGUCCACCUGCUCCGUGACGUCGCCCGACGACAUGUCCACCAAGUCCGACGACUCCUUCCAGAGUCUGCACAGCAGCCUGCCGCUCGACAGCUUCUCCAAGUUCGUGGCGGGCGAGCGGGACUGCCCGCGGCUGCUGCUCAGCGCCCUGGCGCAGGAGGACCUGGCGUCCGAGAUCCUGGGGCUGCAGGAGGCCAUCGGCGAGAAGGCCGACAAGGCCUGGGCCGAGCCGCCCGGCCUGGCCAAGGACACCGGCAAGCCCCCCUUCUCGCUGGAGAACCACAGCGCCUGCCUGGACUCCGUGGCCAAGAACGCGUGGCCGCGGCCAGGGGAGCCAGAGGCCCUGCCCGAGUCCUUGCAGCUGGACAAGGGUGGCAGCGCCAAGGACUUCAGCCCGGGGCUGUUUGAAGACCCCUCUGUGGGCUUCGCCACCCCUGACCCCAAGAAGACGGCCGGUCCCCUCUCCUUCAGCAGCAAGCCCACCCUGGGGGCCGCGGUGUCGGACCCUGCCGCCGCGGCUUUUGACUGCUUCCCGGACACGACCGCCGCCGGCUCCGCGGACGGCGCCAACCCCUUUGCCUGGCCCGAGGAAAACCUGGGGGACGCCUGUCCCCGGUGGGGCCUCCACCCCAGUGAGCUCACCAAGGGCCUGGAGCAGGGCGGGAAGGCCUCAGAUGGCGUGGGCAAGGAGAACGCCCACGAGGCUUCGGCCUGCCCGGUCUUCCAGGAGGAGGAGCCCCCCGGGGAGAAGGCCACGGUGCCUCGGGACUCCGAGCAGGAGGAGGCGGGUGGGGUGAAGGAGGAGGUGGGCGGGCUGCUGCAGUGCCCCGAGGUGGGCAAGGCCGACAGGUGGCUGGAGGAGGGCCGGCACUGCUGCUCAGCGGCCGACUUCGGGGACCUCCCCCUGCUGCCACCCACCGGGAGGAAAGACGACCUGGAGGCCGAGGAGGAGUACUCCUCCCUGUGUGAGCUCCUGGGCAGCCCCGAGCAGAGGCCCGGCGUGCAGGACCCGCUGUCGCCGAAGGCCCCGCUGAUGUGCACCAAGGAGGAGGUGGAGGGGGUGCUGGACACCAAGGCCGGCUGGGGCUCCCCGUGCCACCUCUCCGGGGAGUCUGUCAUUUUGCUGGGCCCGACCGUGGGCGCGGAGUCGAAGGUCCAGAGUUGGUUCGAGUCCUCCCUGUCCCACAUGAAGCCAGGCGAAGAAGGACCCGACGGGGCGCUGGCUCCAGGGGACUCCGCCACCCUGGCCCCGGACGCCUCCCUGGCCCAGAAGCCGAACAAGCCCGCUGUGCCCGAGGCUCCCAUUGCCAAGAAAGAGCCUGUGCCGCGCGGCAAAAGUUUACGGAGCCGGCGGGUGCACCGGGGGCUGCCCGAGGCCGAGGACUCCCCGUGCAGGGCACCUGUGCUGCCCAAAGACCUCCUGCUCCCCGAAUCCUGCACGGGGCCCCCCCAGGGACAGAUGGAAGGAGCAGGGGCCCCGGGUCGGGGGGCCUCAGAAGGGCUCCCCAGGAUGUGCACACGCUCCUUCACGGCCCUGAGUGAGCCCCGCACGCCUGGACCCCCGGGCCUCACCACCACCCCCGCGCCCCCAGACAAACUGGGGGGCAAGCAGCGAGCCGCCUUCAAGUCUGGCAAGCGGGUGGGCAAGCCGUCACCCAAGGCGGCAUCCAGCCCCAGUAACCCGGCCGCCCUGCCCGUGGCCUCCGACAGCAGCCCCAUGGGCUCCAAGACCAAGGAAACAGACUCGCCCGGCACCCCGGGCAAGGACCAGCGCUCCAUGAUCCUGCGGUCCCGCACGAAAACCCAGGAAGUGUUCCACUCCAAGAGACGGCGGCCCUCAGAGAGCCGGCUCCCCAACUGCCGUGCCACCAAGAAGCUCCUCGCCAACAACCACCUGCCCGCCACGUUCAAGGUCGCCGGCAGCCCCCAGAAGGAGGGCAGGGCCAGCCAGCGGGCGAGGGUCCCCAAGCCCGGGGCAGGCAGCAAGCUCUCCGAUCGGCCCCUCCACUCACUCAAAAGGAAGUCCGCCUUCAUGGCGCCUGUCCCCACCAAGAAGCGGAACCUGGUUUUGCGUAGCGGCGGUGGGGGGGACGUGAAGGAGGAGGGAGCCGAGGACUCCUCCACCCUCUUCAAGAGGAUGUCUUCCCCCAAGAAGGCCAAGCCCACCAAGGGCAACGGUGAGCCCGCCGUGAAGCCCCCGCCCCCGGAGACCCCGGAUGCCUGCCUGAAGCUCGCCUCGCGGGCGGCCUUCCAGGGGGCCAUGAAGACCAAGGUGCUGCCGCCCCGGAAAGGCCGGGGCCUGAAGUUGGAGGCCAUCGUGCAGAAGAUCACCUCGCCCAGCCUGAAAAAGUUUGCGUGCAAAACGCCAGGGGCCCCUCCUGGUAAUCCUCUGAGCCCAUCUCUCCCUGAGAAGGACCGAGGGCUCAAGAGCGCCGGGGGCAGCCCAGUUGGGGCAGGCGAAGGUCUCUUAAAUGUGGGCACCGGGCAGAAGCUCCCAGCAGCUUCGGGGGCCGACCCGUUAUGCAGAAAUCCAACCAACAGAUCCUUAAAAGGCAAACUCCUGAACAGUAAGAAACUGUCCUCGACUGACUGUUUCAAAACUGAGGCCUUCACGUCCCCGGAGGCCCUGUUGCCCGGGGGGACUGCCCUGGCGCCUAAGAAGAGAAGCCGGAAAGGCAGGGCCGGAGCCCUCGGACUCCCUAAAGGUCCCCUGGAGAAGCGGCCCCACCUAGGCCCGGCUCUGCUCCUGACUCCCCGAGACAGGGCCAAUGGCACUCAGGGGGGCGGUGAGGACAGCUCUGGUGGAGGAGGCAAGAAGCCAAAGACAGAGGAGCUGGGCCUGGCCUCCCAGUCCCCUGAGGGCCGGCCCUGCCAGCCCCAGACAAGGGCGCAGAAGCAGCCGGGCCAUGCCAACUACAGCAGCUAUUCCAAGCGAAAGCGCCUCACUCGGGGCCGGGCCAAGAACACCACCUCCUCCCCCUGUAAGGGGCGUGCCAAGCGGCGGCGGCAGCAGCAGGUGCUGCCCCUGGAUCCCGCAGAGCCUGAAAUCCGCCUCAAGUACAUUUCCUCCUGCAAGCGGCUUCGAGCAGACAGCCGCACCCCGGCCUUCUCGCCCUUUGUGCGGGUGGAGAAGAGAGACGCGUUCACCACCAUAUGCACUGUUGUCAACUCCCCGGGGGAGGAGCCCAAGCCCCACAGGAAGCCUUCCUCCUCUGCCUCCUCUUCCUCAUCCUCGUGCUCAUUCUCCUUGGAUGCGACCGGGGCCUCCCUGGCCACGCUCCCUGGAGGCUCUGUCCUGCAGCCACGCCCCUCCCUGCCCCUGUCCUCCACCAUGCAUCUGGGGCCCGUGGUUUCCAAGGCCCUGAGUACCUCUUGCCUUGUUUGCUGCCUCUGCCAAAACCCGGCCAACUUCAAGGACCUCGGGGACCUCUGUGGGCCCUACUACCCCGAACACUGCCUCCCCAAAAAGAAGCCAAAACUCAAGGAGAAGGUGCGGCCGGAGGGCACCUGUGGGGAGGCCUCGCCGCCCCUCGAGAGAACACUCAAAGACCUUGAAUGUGCAGCUGCCGCUGCCCCUGGAAAAGCCCCGAGGCCCGACGGCCCGGCCGACCCCGCCAAGCAGGGCUCCCUGCGCACCAGCGCCCGGGGCCUGUCCCGGCGGCUGCAGAGCUGUUACUGCUGCGACGGUCGGGGGGAUGGGGGCGAGGAGGUGGCCCCAGCUGACAAGAGCCGCAAGCAUGAGUGCAGUAAGGAGCCGCCGGCAGAGCCUGGCGGGGACACCCAGGAGCACUGGGUGCACGAGGCCUGCGCCGUGUGGACGGGCGGGGUCUACCUGGUAGCCGGGAAGCUCUUUGGGCUGCAGGAGGCCAUGAAGGUGGCCGUGGACAUGACCUGUUCCAGCUGCCAAGAAGCCGGGGCCACCAUCGGGUGCUGUCACAAGGGAUGCACCCACACCUACCAUUACCCGUGUGCCAGCGAUGCGGGUUGCAUAUUCAUCGAAGAGAACUUUUCUUUGAAGUGUCCCAAACAUAAGAGGCUGCCGUUGUAAUCCACCCCAACGGCGGGAGAAGCCGCCGAAGCCCGCCUGCCCGCCCGCCGCCGAAGGAGAGGAGCCGCCUGCGCAGCCCCCGGGCCUUUGAGCUGCUCCCAGCGCGGGUCCAGAGCCGAUCCUUGAUCCGGAUUCCGGAUCUUGGAUCUGGCCCCUAGGGCUGAAACUUGCGGUCCCGGGUUGGGAAGAAAACACGUUCUGGAGCCGCCUGCUUCCGGAACAAGACAAACACUGGGCGUUCCCGCCCGCACCCCCCCGGGCCAGGCUUGGAGAGAGGGAGCCCGUGGAGCGGCCAGACUCCUUGAGGCACCCAGGUUCCGGCGGGGAUUGGAGACCCCUUUAGCCUGGGGACACGCUUCUCCCCUGGUAGUUCCAAGACGACGUGGCACACAUUCCACGUGGGUGCUGCCGCCACCGCAGCCGGUCGCGGCUUGCAGCUGGGCGCCCUGGGGGUGGGAGUGGGGGUCCAAAGGGCCCAGGAAGUGGCCAAGGGCGGCUCCGGGCUCCGAGGCCGGGUGGGGUGGGGAGGGCGCCGAAACCUUUCCGGAGAGGACUAGGCCGGCAGGGGAGGAGGCUGAAGGCUUUGGAAGGAACCUUUCGAAUUGCGUCCUAGAGCCCUUCCCACCCACCCAGCCUUGGCCAAAACUUUUCGUGCGGUUUGGGCAGAGCCGGGGGAGGCCGGGGCCCAAGCUCAGGGGAUGCGGGCUCCCCGGGUGUGGGUGGGACUGGGGCACCCCUUUGGCUUCUGUUCGUCCCCUUUCCAGCCCUCUGCCCCACCCUUGGAGCGCGACCUGGGAACGCAAAGAAAAGGAGUGGUGACCAGAGCGCGCACCUCCGGCGAAUGCGUGAUCGUCCCUCUGCACGACCACCCGUCUCCAGGGACAGCAGCGCCCACUCGGCACGGGAGCAGAGACAGCGCUAGAUUCGUGUACAAACCUGUGUACCCCUCUAUAUAUAUGUUGCAUAGAAUGUAUAUAUGUUGGGAACAUGCUCGCUUCUCCCGUGUGUCGCCGCCGCCCUGCGUCGUGCGUCCCUCAGCACGGGGCCCUUGCCAGGAAGGGGGCUACGGCGACGCCCCCCUUCCCCGCACAGCCACCACCGGCCCAAGCCAGUCCCCGCCAGUCCGUCCGCCUGUCCGUCCGUGUCCUCAGCUCUGUCCACGCUUCGAUAGGCCUGAUGCAGCCCCCAGACUGGGGCCGCCCUAGCAACUUCCUGUACAUAUGACUGUAAAAUGGUAAACGUGUGUAUUAUAUCUGGCCUCGUUAUAUAGUGUAUAUAUAUGUAUACAUAUACAUAUAUAUAAUAUAUAUGAAGACUGUAAAUGUUAAGACGACUAGUGUUCUUAUUAGUAUAUUGCUUCACACUGAAGAUUGUGUGUAUCGAGCUGUUUCUAAAAGAUGUUUAUUUUCCUUAAGAGUAAAAAACAGUCAUUGCAUUCAGAAAAAAAAAAAAGUCAAUAAAGAUACAACGAUUGUUUUGGAA